AUGUCACAUAACUCUUUUUCAAUACCCGGACAACAACAACAACAACAACAACAACCAGUCAUGUCCAAAGAAUCUACUUUUAUUACAACGACUAGUUCAUCAUCGAUGACCAACAACAACACCAGUCCACUACCACUCCAACGGGAUCGCCGUUCCAACAGACGCAGGGUAUCCUGUGGUUUCCAUCACAAGCGUCAUCAAGCAUGUCCCGAAAACUGUGAGGGUAGAGUGUCCCACCCACCCGAGGCCCAUCCACCCAUCCAAGACAAGUUUACUGUCGGCUGUUCCGAAUGCAAGUCGUACUUUCAAAAUAAACUAUUUAUCUUGGCAUCGUCGACUUCCCCCUCUACCACUUCUUCUACAUCUACCAACAACAACACUGCUGCCACCUCACCUUGUACAUCACCAUCACAUGUCAACAAAAAGAGAAUGGUAGUGUCACCUGUCGAGAUUAUCGAUAACAUUAGAACAUCUCCAAUCAUUUUAAACAACCUCUUGGCCGUCAACAAUACCAACAACAACAAUAACGGCGAGACUGACAGUCAAUACAAUUCAUGCUCAUCAUCGCCAUCUAGCUCACGUCCAAUGUCGCCAAUCUGCGAGGUUCCAUCUAUCAAGUCGUACGAGUCCUCUCCAACCUUUGCCAGUGCUUCGAUUGCUUCGUUGUCAAGCAACCUUGCCCUUGCCAAUAACCUUGCCAAUACCCUCGCUGCUGCUGCCGCCGCCAAGCCAAUCAACCUUGUCUCCAAGACCAACGUUGGCAACAUCAACAUCAACAACAAUAUCAUAUCCUUCCCAGUCAAGUUUGACAAUGACCCACCCGAACCACAAAACCAACCACUACCACAACGUCGUGUGUCUGGCUCCAUCAUGGGCUCGUCACUCAAGAGAAAGUCCAAUAACCAAUCCCUUGAAUUCAUCGGAUACGAUGAUAACUCUUCAACAGCCGUCCCAGACGACUCGUCACCAACCUCUACCCCACGCCGUAGCUUCAAUGCCUCAUCAUUCUCAUUCAACAACAACUCAAUUAACACUGCUGCUGCUGCUGCUUCUGCUGCUACUCAACCAAGCUCUGCCGUUGCCACACCAACCUCACUCAGUACCCCCGCAUCAGCCUCUUACGCACAGGCCACCAACUCUGCGGAGGCCGGUCUAUUGCAUCUCUUGGAAGCCGAAGUUGCCAAAGAGAUAAUGUCCCAAAAGGAAAUAGAAUUAAACGAAAGAAAGAAACUCCAAACAGAAGAAAAGGAGACCGUAGAACGCAUCCAACAAGUGUUGGACUAUCAAAAGAUCCAACAACAAAUGGAAUUCCACAGACUCAAGAAACAAAAUGAAGAACUCGAACAAUGGAGAAGUAAAUUAGACAAUAUGGAAAAGGAUCUCUUGGUCAAAGAAGAGUUUUUAAAGCGACGUGUUGAUUCCGUCCAACAACCCUCUCUUAUCCCAACUCAACUACCAAAACUUUCCAUCAACUCUAAUUUAUUAAAACAUAUUUCAACUGAAAUGAACUUGUAUACUCCACCAUCCACAACAAACACAGUCCAACAACAACAACAACAACAACAACAACAACAACCAAAACAAAUGUCAUUUGAUUUGUUACUUAACCAACAAAUUCCACAAGACAUUUAA